AUGAGGAGAAGUUCUGCUCCAAGUCAACUAGCUAAAAGAAAAGCUUCUCCAACAAACAUCACAAUAAAGCGCUGUAUUAUUAUUGAUAAGACUGUCCCGAAAACUGUAAAUGCUACUGUAUGCAAAGAAAAUAUAUCAAAUCAGAUAAAUAAUGAAGGAAUAUCUCAUGAAGAAUUAAUAAAGCAAAUCUUGUCCAAACCUUUCAAAGUUCCAAUACCAAAUUAUUCUGGUUCGUAUAAGCAUAGAUCUUUGGGCUUUCGUCGCUCUGGAGUUAAAGCAGCUUUACACGACCCAGAUGAAGAAGGUGCUUUGAUUCUGUAUGAGCCCUCCACUGUUCCUCUUCAUGAGAAAUUAAACGUAUCGGCUACUAAGGUUGAUGUACACGUCGUGGUUGAUCCAUUAUUGUGUAAAAUAUUGAGGCCUCAUCAGAGGGAAGGUGUGAAAUUUAUGUGGGACUGUAUAACUGGCAAACAAAUAGAAAACAGUUAUGGCUGUAUUAUGGCUGAUGAAAUGGGGUUGGGGAAGACUUUGCAAUGCAUUACUUUGUUAUGGACUGGCUUGAAGCAAGGGCCGACCGCCAAACCCAUUAUUGAUAAAGUUAUCAUUGUGGCUCCCAGUAGUUUGGUGAAAAACUGGGAGAGGGAAGUUAAUAAAUGGCUCAAUGGCAAAGUUGGAGUUUUAGCGAUAGAUGGCGGCAGUAAGAGUGAGAUUGAUAAAAAAUUGGAAAGCUUUGUUUUCGCUGUUGGCAGGACAUGUAUUCCGAUUUUGAUAAUAUCAUAUGAAACAUUUCGACUCCAUGCCACAGUUUUGUACAAGACUGAAAUUGGUUUGGUAAUAUGCGAUGAAGGUCACAGACUGAAAAAUUCUGAGAAUCAAACAUAUCAGGCCCUCGAUAAGCUGAAUGCAAAGCGAAGGGUUCUUUUAUCCGGUACGCCCAUUCAAAACGACUUGUUGGAGUAUUUCAGUCUUAUACAAUUUGUGAACAAAGAUAUUUUGGGAACGGCACAGGAGUUUAAAAAGAAAUUCGAAAGACCCAUACUCCGAUGUAGAGACAUAGAUGCCACGAAAGAUGAGCAAGAAAAAGGUAAGGAAAAAUUAGAUGAAUUGAUCUCCAUUGUUAACAGAUGCAUGAUACGUCGAACAUCUCAGCUGCUGUCCAAUUACCUUCCUGUCAAAUAUGAACUCGUUGUCUGUUGCGAGAUGACAGAGUUACAAAAAAAUCUUUACACACAUUACGUUAAUUCACAAGCUGUAAGUAAAGCUUUAGAUUCAAAUAGCAAAAUCAGUGCCCUCUCUGCAGUUACGAGUUUGAAAAAAAUAUGCAAUCAUCCUGACUUAAUAUUGGAUCUUGCCAAGAAAAACCAAGAUGGUUUGGGUAGUUGUUUGAAAUUUUUCCCUCCAAAGCAUGACGGCAAAACCGUGAUUCCUGAGUUAUCCGGGAAGAUGAAGGUUUUAGACGGUAUAUUAGCUUUUGUGAAAGCAACUUCAAAUGACAAGAUAGUGCUGGUGUCAAAUUAUACGCAAACUUUAGACUUGUUCGAAAGACUGUGUCAAUUAAGAAAUUAUACGUUUGUCAGACUCGACGGUACGAUGACUGUGAAAAAAAGAGGUAAAAUCGUCGAAACUUUCAAUAUACCCACAAGUGAUAUAUUUAUUUUCAUGCUCAGCAGCAAAGCGGGUGGGUGUGGUCUAAAUCUUAUCGGGGCCAAUAGAUUAGUGAUGUUCGACCCCGAUUGGAACCCAGCAAAUGACGCUCAAGCUAUGGCACGGGUUUGGAGGGAUGGUCAGAAAAAAGAAUGUUUUGUUUAUAGGUUACUGUCAACAGGUAGUAUUGAUGAAAAAAUUCUGCUCAGACAGACUCACAAGAAAGGUUUAAGUAGUUGUGUAGUUGACGAAGAAGAAGUGACUAGGCAUUUCAGUUUGUCUGAACUGAAAGAGUUGUUUCGCUUGGAGUCCAGCACUUUCAGCGAUACGCAUGACAAAAUUCGAUGCAAGCGAUGUGUCAAUUGGAUUCAAGUGACGUCACCGCCCGACAAUGCCACUUGCAACAAUGAUUUAUCGCAGUGGCACCAUUCCAAAGAGAAGAAAAAUGUCCCCGAUCAUAUACUCAAAUCUUGUUGGAAUACUGGAGUAACAUUUGUAUUUUACCAAAAAUCUCACGAAAAGAAAUAUAUUCCGUAG